CGUCUGCCGCGUCUGCGCGUCUGCCGUCGGUGACACAUCCGGUUCCGGUAUCUGCUAGUCUUCGGCUGAUGUUUGUUCGCGCGUUAUCGCGAAUUUCUUUACGAAGGCCCGAUAAUUUAGUACCAACAGCAGCCUCCACUGCGAGGUCGACAAGACUCGUGAUGAGCGCACACGCAGCCGGUGACUCCGGAGAGUCGUUUACGGCCAGGCAUGGGACAGUCGUAUACCGACCCUUCAAUAAUGAAGCCCACGGGUUAGAGCCAGAUUUCAGGCUCACAAGGUUGGCCGACAUGAAAGGAUGAGGCUGCAAGGUUCCCCAGGGUGUGCUGCAGAAGCUCCUCGCAACGAUUCGUCCUGAAGGUGCACAAUCUGCGGUCACUCAUGGCCCUGAGGGAACCCACAUUGAUAUUGGCAUGGACUCCAGCGUUGUUCCGCUAGGAGAAUCUGGUUUCUCUUUAGUUCAGACCAUCGACUAUUUUUAUCCUUCCGUUGAAGAUCCGUACAUGAACGGGAAAAUAGCUUGUGCAAACGUACUAAGUGACAUCUAUGCCUUAGGAGUGACACGAUGUGACAACAUGCUCAUGGUGAUGGGCGUCAGCACAAAGUUAUCCGACAAGCAGCGUGAUGUGGUCGUGCCAGCUCUUGUCAAGGGUUUCAAUGACCUUGCUCACGAGGCAGGAACUAAAGUGACUGGUGGACAGACUGUCCUCAACCCAUGGCCUAUCAUUGGUGGUGUUGCAUCAAGCUGUUGCAAAGAUGCCGACAUAAUCUCGCCGGACAACGCAGAGCCGGGUGACGUGCUAGUGUUGACAAAGCCGCUGGGAACUCAAGUUGCGGUGAAUGCUCAUCAGUGGUUGGACAACCCAGAACGUAAAGCACAACUGGACAAAGCUGGAAUUACGAGGGAGCAUGUCCUGCGUGUGUACUUUCGUGCCAUGGACAGCAUGACUAGGCUGAAUCGUACAGGGGCAGAAUUGAUGCACAAGCAUGGCAGCCACGGGGCAACUGAUGUGACUGGCUUCGGCCUCUUGGGCCACGCUGAAAACCUGGUUCAAGUUCAGAAACGUCGCGUCACUUUCUCUAUCCACACCCUGCCUGUUAUCGGUCACGUGCCUGCCUUACUGGCUGCGACGGGGACAUCGUUCAAACUGAUGCAAGGGUACUCGGCAGAGACCUCUGGCGGUCUUAUGAUGGCCAUGCCGAGGAAGAAUGCGGAAGCUUAUUGUGCAGAGAUAGAAAAACUGGAAGGGUAUCCUGCUUGGAUCAUCGGCGACGUGGUCGAAGGAGAGCGGACUAUGGAACUCGCCAAGAACCCCAAAGUUAUCGAAGUGCCUUCUGCAGAUAAGCCAGGAGAACUGUGGUAGCGAGGAAAAUUAUUUUACGUUUUUCACAGACAGUUUGCUCUAUAUUUUUAUACUACUUUAUACUUUGUUAUAUGGUCAGACUGGUUACAGUGUUGAAGUUUUUCUGGGGCUCUUUAUGAAUCCGUGCUUUGAAACACAUUUAUGUGCACGGCACCGAGGAUGGCUCUGUCUACGGAAGAACAUUUUUCGCUGUUAUCUCAAUCUGUUCCUUUUGAGCGUUAUACUUUGCUAAGUCAGUACAUUGCUUACUAUGCCAAAGCUCUUCUGAGGCAGUUUAUGAAUCUGUGCUUAUCAAACACUGUCGUGUGUACAGCAUGGAGGAUGUUUGUCUUCAGAAGCAUUUCUUGGCAUUGUCUGCAAUGGGGACCAAAUAAAAGUUUACUAAAAAUGG